AUGGCCUAUUCACUUCUUUCUGAUUUGGAUGCUACUCGCGAUGAUUGGCUGAUUAAAGUCCGAGUCUGUCGGCAGUCGGAAUUUAUUAAUUUUAAGUGCAGCCCAGAAAUGAUAAGCCUUGACAUGAUACUAAUUGAUGAAAAGGGAACUUUGAUGCACGCAAUAAUAUGGAAGAACCAAGUCAAUAAGUUUCGUGAUAAGUUGAGUGAAGGAUUUGCAGUCAUUAUUAGAAACUUCAAAGUUUCAGCAUUAACCGGUGACUACAGACCAGUACAGUCGAACUUUAAAAUAACAUUUUUGCGGAAAACUACCAUACAAAAACUACAGGAUGAUAUUGUCCAUAUCCGUCAGAAUGGUUUUCAGUUUAUUCAACAAGAAGUUAUUCGCUCAAGGAUCAAAAACAACAUUCUACUGUCAGAAAGUGUGGGUUCAAAAUGGCAGAAGCGUGACAUACACAUUCUAACCGAUCCAGAUGAUCUGACUAUCAAAGCAAGGAUAACUUUUUGGGAGGACCACGGUGAAUCAUUUUACCCCUAUGUAUAUCCCAACGACUUUGGACCCUACAUUGUCAUUAUCAUUGCUACAACAGUCAAAGAAUUCAGAGGUGAACUAACUUUUGCCACCACUGCUGCAAGUAAAAUUUAUGUCAAUCUUAAAAUGGACAACAUCACCGCCUUGCUUCAUAAAUUCUCAAAGAAAUCAGUUCAUAUUGAAUGUGUUGUUACACUCCGCGGGCAGAUCACUGCAAUAGAGAAUUUCUUUGAUUGGUAUUACAUUUCCUGUAACUUCUGCAACAAGAAAGUUGAAUCCUCAAAUGGUGUCUACACAUGCCAGAGGUUUAAAAUCCACAUUAACGUCAAGGACAAUGGUGGGAACACUACUUUGGUCCUGUUUAAGGGAGUCGCUGAAAAACUUCUUGAUACUUCUGCUGACAAGUUGGUUAAUAGUUUGUCCAAAAGUGAGAGUAAUAUACCGCACCAGAUUCAAAGUCUUUGCGGGAUGGAAUUGGUCUUCAAACUCAAAUUGAGCAGUUUCAAUUUGAAAGAAGGGCUGGAAAACUAUACUGUCACUAAAGUUUAUGUGCCUGAUGAAGAAUUAGAAUUGCAGCACCGCAUAAACAAAGACAAAAGGGUUAAGGGUAAAGAGAAAUUGGACGAUUCCACUAAACAAACAGACUUCAAUGCGGAAGGAUCAAACACAGACUACUCUAAUGAACUUUCUGAUGAAGCAGACACUUUCAUUUCCAAACAAAGAGUUUAUUCAAGAAAGUUCAAGAAGCGAAGGAACUUAUUUAUAGCUGACAGUGAAGAGAGUGAUGAUGACACCAUAAAAAGGACAAAGUAG